AUGCUGUUCACUCCAUGGCGAAAUGAAAGUUCUGAUCUUCUGUGUGGACAGCAGAGCUAUGAGCAGUCAUUUAACCAGAAGAAAUUUUUCUUAACUCAGAAAAUCAAACAGUAUGAACACAAUGCUGAUGCGCUUGAGCAGGCAGAACAAAUGGUGCAAGAUGAUUUGACAGAAGCAUAUGAUGAAUUAGCUCCUGGUGCUCAACAAACUGAGGCAGAAGAUGAAUAUGAAGGAAAUGUUGACUCUGAAAAAUUUGUUCACUUUAAUCCUGAAAGGCCAAUUGAACAGAGAGAGUAUGAUAUAGGAAAUGAUGUUGGAAUUCCAUUAACAAGACAAUUGAGUGAGCAAAGUUCUGUUAGAUUACCUGAUGAUGAGUAUUUAAAGCUUGUAGCCAGUCUGAAUUUGAAGCAACGUGAAUUCUUCAAUCAUGUGAUGCAAUGGAUCAAAUGUAAACAGGGACCUAUUUAUGCAUAUCUCUCAGGAGGUGCAGGCGUUGGGAAGUCAGUGGUAAUUCGAGCACUUUAUCAAGCUUUACAUCGGUAUUUAUGUGCUAAGGAGGGAGAAAAUCCAGAUGAUAUACGAAUUCUUCUUUGUGCAUACACUGGUAAAGCUGCAUUUAACAUUGGUGGUCAAACAAUUGCUUCUGCAUUUCAUCAGAAAAUUAACCAAAGGCAGCAAAACAUGCAUUGUGAUGAAUUGAACACAUUUAGAACUAAAUACAGAAAUUUGUCAGUUGUCAUCAUAGAUGAAAUUUCAAUGGUUGGCAAUGCAAAGUUGGAAUUCAUCAACGAUAGACUUCAGCUUCUUACUGGUUUGAAGAGGCCCUUUGGAGACAUUAGUAUUAUUGCUGUUGGAGAUUUCUUUCAACUUAAACCAAUCAUGGAUGGAUGGAUUUUUCAGGAUUUAAAACAAAAUGCCCAAGCACUUGCAUGUAAUCUCUGGAAAGAAAACUUCACCUUAUUUGAAUUAGAUGAAGUAAUGCCACAAAAGGAUGAUUUAGAAUUUGCACAGCUUUUGAACCGCCUUCGUCACAAUGAGAUGACUUCUGAGGACUUAGAUAUAAUUCACAAGUGCAUCAUUGCUGAAAAUAGUCCACUUUAUCCACACAAUGCUCCCCAUCUUUUCACAAUGAAUGCAAAAGUAGAUGAUUAUAACAAUAAACUUAUAGAGCAACUUCCUGGUGAAAAAGUCAUUGUAAAAGCUGUUGACAGUGUCCUCCAAGACCACAGUAAGUCUGUGAAAGAUGACUACUCAGAUCAUUGCAAAAUCAGGAUGAUGUAA